AUGGUGACGGAACAGGCAGACGAUCCCGCCUUCCGGUUCGGCGCCCCGGCCGACGUUGUCGAUCCUAUUCUGUCGCUUCUGUUCGAUCUGCGGCGCAUGGAGGACACGAUGCUGUCUACGCUGGAGUACUUGGGCGUGUCGCGCCGCCACCUGCCCCCGCCGUUUGGAGAGGGCCGCCGCGACGAGGAAGCGACCGCUCAGAAAACGGCCACAGCGGACGGAGAAGCGGCCGGCGCAGAGGCAGAGACUGCCGCCACCUCUCUUAGCUCGUUUGACGCGUACGUGAAGAGUGUCGUGCUUCACGGGUGUACGCCUUCUGCUGCAGAUUCGAACGGGGCCGUGCAUCAGGUGCUGGCCUGGUUGGACGGGCAGCCGCCGUCUUCUCCCUUUCCUGUUUUGCCGACUUCGCCGGCAGCCCGCUCCCUUGUUGUCGCCUUCGUCGCAGCCGGAGGUGAGCGUGAUGCCUUUUUGACGGACGCGACGACGGGGGCGGAGGUGCGCGUGCGACGCCCUUCCAAGCGCCACAGGGAGGACGAAAGCACCGGCGCAACGAUGCCGCGUGGCACAGAGGCCAAAGGGGGAGAGAGGGAAGAGGCGUGUCACAUCCUCUCCCUCUCGGCAGCAGAGGUGCGUACGGCGGCUGACAUGUGCCGGCACUACGAGAAACUCUUGAAGAGCGGUACAGCAGAUCUAGAGGCCACCAUCAACGCCGUCACAACGUCGGACCUUGCGGCGUCGUACAGCUGUCACGCGAAAUGGGUGGAGGUCCCUCGGGGAGAUGCCAAGAUGAAAUGCGUGCUGCCCGCCAGUAAAACCGUCAAGAAAAACUAUGAGCAGCUGAUUCGCCUGAACGACGCCCUCGCCACUUGUCAGGCGGCCGUGCACCGCGCCUACGUGACGCUGGAAGAAAACGUCGAUGUGUUGUUGGAGGAGGCGCAGGUGGUGGAGAGGGAGGAGCGCAACUUCCAGCGCUGCAUUGCACAGGCACGAGUGGAGUGCGCGGGACUGCAGGAAGUACGCAGACGGCUGAAGCACACCCGAUUGGCACUUGAGCAGGCAUCUUUGGAGGGAACGUAG